AUGGCCGAAGGUGCAGCAACAUCUGUCAAAGCUCUGCUCCGUGGAGCUGUGCAGGCUUUGCAUGACUCAGACACAGUCUCUUCCUCCGACGAUGCUGCCCUCGAACCUGACCCUAGGGGUGGCGUUGACAACCCUGCUGACGAUUUGAACGAUCCUCAAACUCCCUCAGCCGUUUCAGUCUCGAUCUCGGUCGACGAGACACCAGUUUCCAAAAAGUUGGCCCAAGAUCGAGUGAGCUUAGGUAUAUCAGAGCGAGUUUCUCCUGCAGGUCCCAAAUGGUAUCAAACUGCGCACACCUUCAAAAACGAGGUCGGCCGAGUGGGGUUUUCCUUCAUGCCUGCAAAUCUCAGAGCCGCAACCGGAAAAGGCCUGAAUGAAAAGCAGCCCACAACUGAGCCAUUCCGACCUCGGAAUGAGGCCAACGCGCGUCAACAUUCUGCGUCAAAGUCCAUCCCAUCCGGAAGGAAGCCAUACUGUCUUCCACACCAAGUUGACCAACGUAGCUUGGACGACCCUUCCUCAAACCCCAACGAGUGCAGUCAGUCAGAGAGGAACCUUGAAAAUGCUGUUGCUGUGGAUAUCUCACUUGCCCUGAACAACGCGCGAGACGAGAAACAAUUCCUGCAUGGCCAAGGGUGUCACACAUCUGAAAAUAACGACAUUCAAUCAGCAGAAAAGGAGGGCCUAGAAACCCAAUGCAGUGAGACACCGUCGUUACCAGAGGUCGUCCUCCAAGCAGAUGAGUCUGGAAAUGAACAGGCGCCAAUUUACUUCAAGAAAACCAUGGCCGCUGGCUCACCUCGGCAGGGACAAGCGGCGGCAGAAGGGCACAAAUCCGCCACUGUGAUCGCACAGGACUGUGAUGUUGGAUUCCAAACUCCAUCUCCAGCCGCUGCUGUCAAACACCGUCAAAGAGUUGCCGGUCAAGCACCCGUUCACACGUCUAGAGUUUCUAAGAAUCAAGUACAAGCCCGAGGACGACAAACGCAGUCCCAUACGUCCGGAUUCGGACCAACACAUGCCGAUGCCAGUGUGCAACAACCCUCCGAGGAGGAUCUGUUAUACAUCCUGAUGGCACGUGCAAGAGAUACAGCCGUGGCCAUGGACAAGUUAGCACAACUUGAAGAGCAAAACAGGCAUCUCACACAAGAAAAUGAGCUUAGGGCUCGAGCCCUCGAAGAAGCCAUGACUGCCCAGGACCAAAGUGUGCAGCAGCAGGAGAUCCUGAAGAAAGCCUUGGAAGGGUUCAAAGAGAAAUACCACAAACUAAAGAAGUGGGCACUCGAAGCCAACAAAGAUUGUGAGUUUCUACAAACCAAGGCCAUGGGAAUCAGAAAAUCACUCAGUGGUUUGGCCCAGGACCGGGACGAAGUCUUUGCGCAACUGAGGGAUGCUCGAGGAGCUUCUGGGGAAGUUUCCAGGCAAAUGAAGAAUAUACGAUCUGAGGUUUGCGACCUCAACACUGUCGCUCGGACAACUGUUUCCACGAUUGAUCGGAUGGAUGGACUCCUCUUGGCUCAAACAGAACACUUACGAAAUGAAAAGCAAAAAUGUCGCAAGCUCGAGACCCAUAUAGUGCUGCUGGAGCAUGAGAGGAACAAACAAGAUUCGCGGCAGCAUAGCCAAAGUCAACUGCUGAACGAGACUCUACAGAGCAUGGCCAAUCAAUUACACAAUCUCACAGUCAGGACGACCGACGCAGAUGCCGAGAAAGGUCAUGUCAUGAAGUGCCAAACGAUGCUUCAAACACUCCUUGAUACAGGUGUGUCCAUCAAUACCGACAUAGGCUCACUCAAAGACGCCUUACAAUCGGUACAUGAGCUUUCCAUUGCGAACGCAAACUCCACUUCCGAGGCUUUCCACACAGCCAUUGAGGCUCUCAAGGAACAGUUACAACAGGAAAAGUCGGCACAAGCAGCCGCAUUACUUUCACAGGUGCAGUCAGGUCACACGGAACUCAUCCAAGCAAGAGAAAAGAUUGCUGCUUUACAUGAAAAGUCAAAGCAGAUGGACAGAGUCCUUGAAGUCCUUGGGAAUGGCAAGAGUAUUGCAGAGAGCCGGGAACAGUUUAUGCAAACCAACGUCGAAAAGCUCAUCGCAGCUUUGUCUGAAAACAAAGAGACUACCAAGAAGGAGUCCACCGAGCUUGAGGACAGGCUGAGUUCUCUGUUGACCAAGUGGCAGUCGGCCUGCUCUCAAUUGGCAGAAUGCAGGCAACAAAAGGAGGAGAAGCUGAGUGAAAUCGAAGAGUUGAAGAUCGAGCUGCUCACAGGACAGAAGAAUCAGAAAUCCCUUCAGCAAGAGCUCAAGGAGGUCAAAGAACAGAUAAAACAAGUCCAAAUGAAUGCGGAGCACAACAGGAAGGAGGAUGUAUGA